UUUUAUAUGCAAAGCUAUAAAAAAAUAUGAUUAAUAAGAUAUGCAUUUAUAAAGCACGAAAUUUUUCAAUCAUGAUAGUGUACAAUUAAAAAUCAAUGCUCGAUUGAAUGAGAAUUUACAGGAAAUAUAAACAGAAAGUUCACGUGAAUGACUGCAGAUAAGUACCUGCUGAACGUCACAGUUCAGGGACGCUUUUUAGCGGCCCCUAAGAAGGGCUCCUGGAUGACGCAUACAUAGUUAGGCAGGAAUUAAUCAUUUUUGGGCCAUUAUAAUAUACUUGGAGUGCAGUUUAUUAAAAAUUUUCCAAAAUGAUGGAAGAUAUGCAAGAAGAGACCCAAUUUGUAGUUGACGAUGUAAGUAAAAUUAUUAAGGAAGCUAUUGAAGUAUCUAUUGGUGGCAAUGCUUAUCAACAUAACAAAGUAAAUCAAUGGACAUCAAAUGUUGUCGAAGGCUGCUUGGGAAAUCUGACAAAACUUCAAAAACCAUACAAAUAUAUAGUGACUUGCACUAUUAUGCAGAAGAAUGGAGCAGGAUUGCAUACUGCUAGCUCAUGUUAUUGGGAUAAUGCUACUGAUGGUAGUUGUACAGUACGUUGGGAAAACAAGACAAUGUAUUGUAUUGUUUCAGUAUUUGGCUUAGCAAUUUAAUGGAUUUUAGUCUUUCCAAAGCUUCUGAUGAAUAUAUUAAAAUAGAUUAACAAAUAAUAAAAUUUCAUUUAAUAAAUUCCAAAAAUUAUAGUA